AUGGCAGACCCGACCGCGCCGACGUUAGGUAUGGCGAUCCGUACUCGCUUGUACUGGCACAUGCGCCGCUGGCGUGCUGGAGAUGCGCAGCACACGCACUGUGUGAGGUCCAGGCGCUCGCGGCUGCGGGUACCUCGUGGUGGGCGGCUGGCACGACGCAGCGUCCUUGGCCUGCGGCAGGCGUCGGUGUCCUGGCGCUCCCCUAUCGGAACUCGUGCUGUAGUUGCCCUUUUCCGACGCUCAUCCGCCGACGAAGGGUACUCUGCUCAACAGGUCUUGCUCGGCGCUCUUAAUGCUGCCGUCGUAGGUGCCGACUGUGCGCGCUCACGACUCGGCAUCGCCUCCAGCUUCGCUCCGAAGAAAGGCAAGCCACAUCGCUCAAUCGUUGUGGCCGUUGGUGUCGGGUCGCCUCCAGCUUCGCUCCGAAGAAAGGCAAGCCACGUCGCUCAAUCGUUGCGGCCGUUGGUGUCGGGUCGCCUCCAGCUUCGCUCUGAAGAAAGGCAAGCAACGUCGCUCGACCGUUGCAGCCGUGGAUAUCGGAUCGCCACCAGCUUCGCUCCGAACAAAGGCAGGCAACAUAGCUCGACCGUUGCAGCCGUGACCAUCGGAUCGCCUACGUCGCUCGACCGUGGCGGCCGUAGCCAUCGAUCGCCUUCCCUGCCGGGCUACUGUGCCUUUCGGUCGAGGAGCGCGACCACGACGCCAUGCCUCCACCACCCCGACCAUCUACCACGCAGGCAGAGGACCGUCGGAUGCGGCGGCUCGACGCAAGCGUCAGCCCUCGGCGUGCAUCUCGAGCAGGUGGCCAUCGGCGACGUCGGGCAUCCAGCGCCACCGGGCCGGCGGCCCAUCGUGGCACUUGUCGUCGAGGAAAUCCGCCAUCAGCUCCUUCAUGACCUUGUCAAGUUCGUCGUGGCAGCUCUCGACGGCCGCCCUAGAACGACCCUAGGCAUCCUCCAAGCGAGCGAGCGGAACAUGACCCUGGAGGGAGGCGAACAGACGCGGUACGGAUGGCAAGCCGUCGGCCGCGACCCUCGCCGCUUCCUCCUCAAGGGGGACGGCCGUUAUCGCGACGGUGAACAAGCCUCGUCGAAGCGUCUGCAGGACGACCUCGGCGGAAUCGGCGAGGGCCAAGGUGGAAUUGUUGGCGAGAGCCAGGCUGUCGCUGUGUUCAAUCUGGCUGCGGAAGCUUUGCAGCGUCGACGAAAUAGCACGCACGACGACGGCUUCCGGGAAAUCCCGCCCAUCGGCCGUACCAGCAGAGGCGACGGCGGCGAAGAAAAGGGCGCCGGCACACUUCAUGUUGGAUCAUGGCUUGAAAGGUUGCAGGGCGUCGUGACGACAAGGGCCUUUGCACUUCACAGCCAGGCAAGUACUGUACAGUACAUGCAGUACGUACAGUAA